AUGGCUAGAACAGCCCAAAAUUGUCCUCCCAAUCCAAGACCUUACCAAUGGCGCCAGCGAGAGUACUUGGAUCAUCAAGGCAACCCUGUCAUUAUCGGCAAAGUGUCAAGAGGCCAGGAGUUUGAUGCGCCAGCAGAGAUCUACGCGUCUACUCAAAAUGAUGCCUUCGCCUGCGUUGAGCACCAACGCCACGAGGUCGCUCAUCGCAAGCGUCUGUAUGCGGAUUCUGAGCAGCCACCAAACUUUGUGCCUUAG